AGUAAUUUAGCUUUACAUGCCCCUCACUUUUACCACUAACACUCUAACCCUUUAUGUAGAAUUUGACAAAUACAGUAACUAGGUCACGAUGCUCCAGUUGUCUAUCACUCCCAUAAACUACGCCAAUCCGAACCCCGUUCGAUUUUGCUGGAAGCUUCUUCGGACUCUGUGCACAAUCACGUUCAAAAGUUCCCGGGGCUAGGCUUUAAGCCACCCAUCCACCCCCUCGGUCGGCAUUCGUACCUUCGUGAGCAGCGGUCAUAAUCCAUAUUUUUCCUACCCAUAUUUCCUCCACCAAACAACCACGCCACGCUAUUUGCUGGAAAUGUUUUUGUGCUUUUGCAUUGCGCGUGCAUUUCCUCCUUGCAGGCUGCAGCGCAACAAACACACGAACAUCAUCAGCGUUGCAUCUUUUGCAUGCGCGGAAAACCCAUCGCCCGCAAUCGCCGCUGCCACUUCCCGUUCGCCCUCCCCCAGCAACUGGUGCUGAAAACUGAAAACAAAAGAAAGUAGCUGCGUGUGUGGGAGACCCGCGCCCGUUCCGCAAAGCGUCGUCGCCCGCGGUACACCUGUACCAGUGCGCCCCCUACCCGUGCACUCCGCAUGUAACGACGGUGGAAGAAAUAGGAAAAGAAAAGCGAAAGUACUAACCUUACCAGCGUGCCGAGAGUGGGACAGCAGGGGAGAGGGGAGGAACAAGCACGAAUGGUUCGCUUUUAAUUGGCGCUAAAAAUGGGAGCCCUUUUACUUGAGCGUGAUGGCAACAACAAUUUCCCUUACACCCUCCGGUAGCAGAGUUUGCAGUGCUGCGUUCCUCUCUUCCUCGCCGUUCGGCGCACGGGCGGGGCCCUUGGCAUGGAAAACGAGUGCGGAAAACAUUGCACGACGAUCCGGACACGGCUCGCAACAUAGACACAAACACAAGCGCAUGCACACACACACACACACACACACACCUAAUGCAAACGAACCUGACCGUCUCGCGGUUGUUCGUUCGUCUAAUUUUUCCACUUGCAGAUUUUCCACUUCAUCCCCACUCUUGCGCCGUUUUUGUUUUUUUUUUGUUUUUUUGGAGGGCUGGAAAACUCGCUUAUCUUUCGGAGUGGGGCUACCAUGCCGUGGAGGGCAGAAAACCCACCGCCACUGAUACGGUUGGGUUGGUUAAUUAAUAUAUAAAUAGGCUGGCACCGACGGAACAUUCAACCAGUAAACUUUGUACUCUCCGUCCAUCCAUAAGUGUAUCGAAAUGAAGUUUACGAUACUGGUGGCAUCGGUGGCUGUCGUCAUCACGGCAACACUGGCGCUGGAGUUCGAAAGCAGGAAGCUGCACCCGGACGCUGGCGUGCACGAUGACGGAGGGCUGUCGAUGCUGGAGCAAACGCCGGCCGAAGAUCGCCAGUGGCAGGCGGUGAAGAAGCACGAGAAGCGCCAGACGGGCAAAAAGAUCCACAUCUUUCUCGGCAAGCCGAAGGGCAAAAAGUCCAAGAAGCAUGCCGCCGGUGCCGACGGUGAGCCGGAAACGCAGACACGCAAAACGCCCGAGCUGACGACCCGCUCGGACAAGGGCGUGAUCGACACGACGUCGGACGCGCCGGAUGCGGCGGUGGGCGAAAGCCAACACUACGACAUCGGCGAGCAUAACAUCGUGAAGGAGAAGAUCAAGAUCAAGCACCAUCACCAUCACCAUCAUCACAAUCACGUCAAGACGGUGGUCAAGAAGGAACCCUACCCGGUGGAAAAGGUCGUCCAGGUACCGGUCGAGAAGAUUGUGCACGUGCCGAAGCCCUACCCGGUGGAGAAGAUCGUCGAGAAGGUGGUGCACGUGCCGGUGGAGAAGAUCGUGCACGUCCCGAAACCGUACCCGGUGGAGAAGAUCGUCGAGAAGGUGGUGCACGUGCCGAAGCCCUAUCCGGUGGAGAAGAUCGUCGAGAAGCCGAUUCACGUGCCGAAACCGUACCCGGUGGAGGUGAAGGUACCGUACCCGGUCGAGAAGAUCGUGCACGUGGACAAACCCUAUCCGGUGGAGAAGAUCGUCGAGAAGGUGGUGCACGUACCGAAGCCCUAUCCGGUGUACAAGCAGGUGCAGGUCCCCGUCCCUGUUGAGGUGAAGGUCCCGUACGAAGUUCCGAAGCCCGUACCCUACCCAGUGGAGAAGAAGGUCCCGUAUCCGGUCGAGGUGAAGGUCCCGGUUGAGGUCGAGAAGAAGGUCCCGGUGCCGGUAAAGGUGGAGGUGGAAAAGAAGGUCCCCUAUCCGGUCAAAGUGUACGUGCCGCAGCCCUACCCGGUGGAGAAGAAGGUCCCCUACCCGGUGCCGGUGAAGUCGGGCUCCUUCCCAUUCCCCUUCGACAAGGACAUUUCGAGCAGCUACGCGAACAGCUACGCGAACAGCUACUCGAACAGCUACUCCAACACGAAGCUGCAUCCGUUCGAGUCGCAGCACCACGAAGAGUACGCCGGCUCGGAUGAUAGCUACCGGCGCACCACCAAGACCGGCUACAAGAAGGGCAAGGGCAAGAAGUCGAAAAAGACGGAGCAGCAAACGCAGCAGCAGCAGCAGCAGCAGGAGCAUGCCUCGAGUGCACCGGUGACGGAGGAUAACAGCGAGACGGGCCAGACGGGCAUGGGCGCAUCGUACUCGGCACUGAGCACCGGCACGGAUCAUGGCGCACACUACACGCAGACCACGAUCUAUCACGGAGGUUCCGGCCAUCAGGCACAGCAGGAACAGCAGCAGCAUCAGCAGCAGCAGCAGCAACAGCAGCACCAGCAGCAGCAACACCAAGCUCUUCUUCAGCAGCACCAUGACCAACUCCAGCAGUAUCACCAGCAACAGCAGCAACAGCAACAACUACAGCAGCAGCAGCAGCAGCAGCAGCAACAACAGUACGGUAGUCAAGAUGCCACUACCUUCUUUAACCAGCAGCUCAUCCAUUACGGCCAACAGGCAAAGUACGGUCCAUCUACCUUCCCGAGCCAGUCGUCGCAGGGUGCCGACUACGGUACGGCUCCACAAUCGACCGGUCAGGACGGUAGCAGCCAGCAGCAGUACGGUCAGUACGGUGGAUCGGACCAUUACGGUUCCGGCUCGAACCAUCAGGAGGUGAUGGUUUCUCCUCCGUCCGGAUCUGCCGCUUCCGGAUACGGCCAACAGCAACAACAGCAGGCAACUUACGCCCUGACGGCUCCAUCCAACCCGGGCGGUAGCUUCCAGCUCGAGUCUCAGCCACAGCCGUUCCAGCUGCUACAGUUUGCACCGUUCCAGUACCAGACGCCGACCGGUUUCUCGCUGCCAACGGCUCGAUAAAGUGUGGGAUCAUGAUCAUCGUUCCCAUCAUCGUGAGACUGACACCCUUCAAAAGCAAAGCCAAAGACACCCUUCUGUAGCCUGCGCGCACAUCCAUGGCUAGAAUCGGAGUUCGCCCGGACCGAUGCCGUUUGGAGGAUUCGUUAACUUAUGUAGCCCACCGUGCGCGGGGCUAGGGCGCAGUGAAUGGUUUGUUUUGUUGUUGUUGUUUUUUUAUAAUGAUUCUUGUGUACUUUUUGUGUUUAGUAUUAUGAAAACGUUUUGUUUCUGUUUUUGUUUAUUUGCCAAUUUUAAUGCCCGGUCAACAACCGGUGGCUGGGAGGUGAUCGUACGGGCGAAAGGGCGUACUUGAGACGACCCACGGAUGGGCUGUUUUUGUGAAACAGUCUGCAUCCGUGAUUCGAUCGUAGAGAGUCGCUUUCGCCCCCAUUUCGAUCCUCCUGUACACCGUUGCAGACAUACACACACACACAUACACAUACGCCUGGCGAUCGCAUGAUAAAAAGAUCGCAGAAAAUCGAAAUUUAAAAAUGAAGGUGCAUCGCUUCGAUGCGACCUUUGUUUGCUAGAGGCUAAGAUGGCUGCUAAGUAGUAGGAUCAAAAUGUUAACAGACUCCUUUUCCGAUGGCUGGCAGAUAACAGACGCGCCGCGUGCUUGUAAUGAGUACUGUUCUCGUCCGCAAGCACGAGCUGGUCGGUCUCGCUCAGGAAUGGCGGAAAGGGAAUUUUAACGUUUGGACUUUUACCGUAUUAUUGUACAUAUUAUUCUUCCUUCUGUUGAAGACACCACUGUGGCUGACGCUGAGCCGUAGAAUUGAUGCUAUUGUUGCAUAAUAAAAGUUGAAAAAAUCAUA